UCUCGGGCUCUGGGGGGAGGAAGAGGAGGAGGGGCCAGGGCUGGCAGCCUGGGCGGAGCCGGCGGGGAAGGAGCUGGGGCCAACACACGGGUUGGAGGAUGGCAACCCCAGCGGGGCAGGGCCAAGGGUCUGGGAAGCACCCCGAGCCAGCCAGAGAAGCAGAGCUGCUUCUGCCCACAGGCAAGGAGCUGGAAGAAGCAAGUCGUUUCGCCUAUACUGCCCUCUGUGGGAUGUCCCUGGCUUGGCUGUUUCCAGAACCAGAACAAAGCUCCUUCCGGAUGGAAUUUGUGGAAGACUUAGUGAAAUGGCUGGAGUUACCAGAAACAGUCCUUCCAUCCAUGGCAGCCUUUGCUGAUGGCCUGGGAGGAGAAGAGGAGGUGACAUUUGCUGAAAUUUUAUUGAAAGAUCCAGUUGUGAAGAAUGAUCCACUGGUGAUUACUCAGGAUCUUCUGACCUUCUCACUCAGGAAUGGUGCCUAUGAUGCUCGGGCCAGGGUGCUUGUGUGCCACAUCACCUGGCUGUUGAAAAUACCUCCAGAGGAGCUGGAGAACCUAGAAGAGACAUUCUUGGAGAGCCUGAAUGGAAGGCAGCAAGAAGAGUCUGAAGCUGCUGAAGCUUCAAGAAAAAAGAGAGAAAAUCGGAAGAAAUGGAAGCGUUACCUCCUAAUUGGCCUGGCCACCGUUGGGGGUGGGACAGCAAUAGGGUUGACAGGGGGUCUGGCUGCCCCGUUUGUGGCUGCAGGAGCAGCCACUAUCAUUGGUGCCUCUGGGGCAGCUGCACUGGGCUCCGUGGCAGGCAUUGCGGUCAUAACCUCUCUGUUUGGAGCUGCAGGAGCUGGUCUGGCAGGCUAUAAGAUGAAGAAGCGAGUGGGAGCCAUUGAAGAGUUUGAAUUCUUACCCUUAACUGAUGGGAAGCAGCUUCACAUAACUAUCGCCAUCACUGGCUGGCUCUGUUCCGGUAAAUACGGAAUGUUCACCACGCCUUGGGCCAGCAUGGCGCGGAGCAGCGAGCAGUACUGCCUGGCCUGGGAAUCCAAGUACCUGAUGGAGCUCGGCAGCGCCCUGGAGACCCUGCUCAAUGGCCUGGUGAAUAUGAUGGCUCAAGAAGCGCUGAAAUACACGAUCCUGUCUGGUAUCUUGACAGCGUUGACUUGGCCAUCUUCCCUCCUCACUGUGGCCAAUGUCAUCGACAACCCCUGGGGGGUGUGCCUUCGACGGUCAGCAGAGGUUGGCAAACACCUGGCCCACGUGCUACUCAGCCGGCAGCAGGGUAGACGACCCGUCACUUUGAUCGGCUUCAGCCUGGGAGCAAGAGUCAUUUAUUUCUGUUUGCAAGAGAUGGCUCAGGAGGAAGAUUGCCAGGGGAUCAUUGAGGACAUCAUCCUACUCGGAGCACCAGUGGAAGGGGAAGCCAAGUACUGGAAGCCUCUCAAGAAGGUGGUGGCUGGGAGGAUCAUCAAUGGCUAUGCCAGGGGAGACUGGCUGCUGAGUUUCGUGUACCGGACAUCCUCUGUGCAGCUGAAAGUGGCCGGGCUCCAGCCUGUCACCCUGGAUGACAGGAAGAUGGUCAACAUAGACCUGUCAUCAGUGGUCAGUGGCCACCUAGACUACAUGAAGAAAAUGGACACCAUUCUGAAGGCCGUAGGCAUUCGCACCAGAGAAGACAGUUCAGGAGACAAGAUUUUUACCAUCGCUCCCAGCCUCCAGGGAAGAGAGGAGUUACAGCCAUCAGCCUCAGAACCUCCGAAAGAGAAUGUAGCCACAGACCCCAAGGAGACCAUCCAGCCCAGCUGCCAGGCCCAGGACCCCACGGAUCAUCCCGGGGUCUCCCCUGAUCCCGAACCCUGCCAGUCUCAGAACCUAGAUGAGGCCUGCAGUGUAGACCGCUCCACCAUCUGCAGCCACAUCCUAGGCCCAAACCCACUGGGCUGCCCAGACUGUGCCAACAAUAAUGAGGUUGGUAGUCCUGAGCACCACUGAGCUGGGGGAAAUGGGAGAUGCAGCCAUCCCAGCACUCUUCCCUGAAACUCUCCCUCCCCCCCCCACCAUUUGCCCCCUGGCAGAGCCAGGUAAGGGGGUGGCAUUUGCUCCUAGGUGUUGGGUCUUCUUGAGCUAGAGUGAGUUUUGAAGAUCUUUGACCCUGGAAAAGCAAAAGUACUCAGGAAACUGGAGGGUGAGGGACUCAAAGAAAUGAGAGUGUCAGAGGUUUGGGUUCAGAGGGCUUUUUAUGGAUCGACUAAUCAGAAAUUUUCAAGACUGUUAAGCCAAUAAGACAUUUCUCUUGCCAAUAUCAGAUGGUGAGUCCAGCUGAGAAAGAAGAUGAUCCUGGGGUCAGGGUGGGUGUGGAGAGAGGCGAGUACUGUACCUCUGUUGAGCCUUGUCUGCUUCUCUUGUUUCAUCUCCACUGUCUCUGGCUGGUACUUGUACAUGGUGGCACUUAGGGACCAAGGAACAUCUAGACAGGGAAAGGGCAAUUAUAAGUGUGCUCUUCCUGUUGUUGGGAAAGUGGAUUGCUAUAGAGAUUCUGAGACUCCUACUGUCUGUAUACGUGGAGUUCUCAACCUGGUACCUGGAGAUGAGUGAUACCAGAUGUGGAUUACCUGAAGCAGGUCAUUUUUCACUCUUCAAGGGCAUUCAGAAUCUACCUUGUACCUCUUGACAUCCCUGGGAGGGCAGAAGAGAGGAAGGGCAGGGACGCCUCUAUGAACUGUACCAGAGGAGAAACUGAGUCCCAGAAGGUCAAGUAGCAAUUAGUGUCUAAAGAAUAAGUGAGAAAGGUGGAAGGAGAUGGGAUGCAGAUGAGUCCAUCUUUCUUAGGAGCAGCUGUGGUUAGAAGGCAGAUGGAAAAGAUAUUAAACCAAAUGGCUGAAAAGUUGAAGAUGUUC